CAUGCAAUCAUAGAGUUGCGCACUUGAAUAUAAACCUAUGAAUACAAAUAAAAAGUUAAAAAUUGCAUAUCUGCCUGGCUCUAAAAUAAUUUUUUAUGUCGGAUGGAUUUUUGCUAAAAACUUCACUACGUACAUAAAAGGCCUUCAGGGAGAUAUAGAAAUGCAAUCAAAGUGGGAUAUUCACGAAAAAUUGUAUAUUUAUGUAGAUAAACGAGAUAUAAAGAUGGUUUCUAAGCUAUUGGAUGAUGGUGCAAAUGCAACAAAAUGCACGUCUUAUGGAAGAUCUGCAAUUGGACAAGCUACCUUCAAGGGGUACUCUGAAAUUUUAUCGAUUCUCUUAAAAUCUUGUGAGGAAGAAUAUGUAUCACUUAACGGAUGUUCGCCAAAAAAACCUAGAACUGCAAACCUAGAAUUUGAUAUAGAGCGGACUCCCGACGGUAUGGAUGGUUUACAAUGGGACGAUGAAAUGCAAGGAGUAUCAAAUUAUGCAACGGCGGAUGAUGAAUGGUCAAGACUUUACAUGUACUACGCUAGAAUGUUUGAGCAAACUGGGGAAUUAUUAGCUAAUACAGUUAAACUAAAAGAUCCUCAUUGUUUGGAUGCUUAUCAUCAAGCCCCCAUUCAUUAUGCUGCUGUGUUAGAUCACGUUGAAUGUCUAAACAUAUUGUUAGAAAAUGGGUCACCUGUUGAUAUUACUACACAAAAUGGAGUCACACCUUUACAUUUAGCUGUUAAAAAUAAUAAUAUUGUUGAAAUAUUGUUACAACAUAAGGCAGAUCCAAACAGAAAAAUAUAUAAUACAGGAGAGACAGUCCUCCAUGUAGCCGCUAAAAUGGGGAAUGUGAAAGUUGUUGAAAUUCUUUUGCAAGCUGGUUCUGAAAUAAAUACAACAAAUAACAAAGGUCAAACACCAUUAAUGACGGCGAUAUCUAAUGGAAAUGAAGAAGUAGCAUUUUACUUAUUAACUAAAGAAGCUAAAAUUAAUUUACAAGAUGAUCAAGGUUUUACUGCAAUAUAUUAUGCAGCUGUAAUGAAUAACGUUCGAUUAACAUCACAUCUUUUACAAAAUGGUGCACGCCCUUUCGUUACCCAUUACUUAUUGCAUAUAUGUGUGCAAAAUAAUUUCUUAGAAAUAGCGCGUUUACUAAUUGAAGCGGGUGAAAAUGUAAAUAUACGUUUUUCUGGUUAUACCCCUUUAUAUUUAGCUAUAAAACAAUGUAAUGCAGAUAUGGUUGACUAUUUAUUGAAAAAUGGCGCACAAAAAUUUAAUCGUUCUGUAACAAAGGAAUUUCAUGUUGCUGUACAAAACGCUGAAUCACUUAACGACUUUAUCAAAGUCGCAAGAGUUCUUUUAGAUCACGGAGUUUGUAUGGAUGAUGAAAAUUACUGGGGAGAAACACCGUUAAUGACAGCAAUUAUGUUGGAACAAUUUGAAAUAGCUGCAUUUCUAAUAAAAGAAGGUGCUGAUAUUAAUAAAAUAAGAAAUGAAAAUUAUGCAGACAACUUUUUAUUUGAGAAAUCGCAUCCGAAUUGGAAUCUAUUGAAAUUGUUGGUAAAUGCUGGUUUAAAGAUUCAUCCGAAACCAACAAAUUUAAAAAAGGCACCUUGGGAGAAUGUUGAAGGAGAUUUCGACGACUGGCUUGGAUACUAUUGCCAUAAUCCAUUGUCUUUGCAAAGUUUAAGUAGGAUAAAAGUUCGUAACUUACUGCUAAUAAAUAUAAAAGCUGAUAAGGCAGAAGCGUCAGGUUGCGAUGAGUCAAAGUUAUUCAAAUUAAUUAAACAAUUGAGCAUUCCAAAACCACUUCAAACUUAUUUAUAUGAAUUUGAUGAUAUACCAAAGAUCACAAACAAACUUUAAUUUAAUAAUUUCAUAAUUUUUAAAGUGAAUGAAAUUCAUAAAAACUAGAAAUAAGACUUAGGAUUGAUUCAUAAAUCCUAAAGUAAAUUUAGGUUUUUUAAUAUUAUUAAUUAAGAUUUUGGUAUUAAUUAUCAAAACUUAUACUUAUAUUUUCAUAAUUUUAUAAUUAUGUUACUUUCUGUCGUUAUGUUGAAAAAUGUAUAUUUAAAAUAGUAUUAAGAUAUAUUAAAAUAUAAUUAAGAUAAAAAAAGUGCAUAAAGUCACUUAAGGAUUUAAUUUUAAAUACAAAUAGAAAAUAAAUUUAUUUAAAAAAAGACUAAUAUAUUAUGUUGAUAACCUUUCAAAUCUCCCAUUUUAUUCAAUGCACAGGCAAGGGC